UUUAAACAUAGUCCCAAUGUGCACAGUUUCUUUGUGGGAACACCGAAUAAAUAUGAACGACCAUUAGUAUCUCGCUUAUCGAUACAUCAAUAUUUCGAAUCUCAAUUGGUUUAUUGUUCCAAUACUAACUUUAGCCUUAUAACUCUGGAUAGUAACGCGCCAAUAUGAGUAUGUUUCAGACUUGCAUUGUUCUGUUUGUCGGUAAGGAGUGUGAUUGUUACGGGGAAAACUGAAGUCGUCAUUGGUUUCUGAGAUGGACAAAGAAAAUCAAAUCAAUGUUGCAGCAAUAAAAUGUGGUAUCCUUGAAAUAGAGACAGAGGCAAUAAAACAACACGCAAAACUUAUUCAACUGAGGCAUGAGAAUAACAACCUUCAGGCAGAGUUAGAGAAAGUGGGUGCAGAACUGCAAAAAACCAAGCAAAUGAAAUUGACAUUAGAAGGUGAUCUGCAGUAUCAACAGAUGCGUCUAUCUGAACUUGAAAGACAACAAGUGAGCAGAGAAAAAUCACUGCAGCAAUCUAGAGCUGAAGCACAGGAACUGCGUGUACAAAUGAAAACUGAGAGGGCUGUACAAAUUGAAAAAUUGAAACCUAUCUCUAUUUGGCAACAUUGGAUUCAACUGGCAGCAGCAGUGCACCUACGUGACGAACAUGAGGACCGUGAUGUUAUCUCCAAAGAAGUAGCAAUUAUGGAAAUGAGAGAGACUGAGCUGAAAGAUGGAAUUCAAAACAUACAAGGAGAGAUACAUGCCUUGAAAGAAAACUGGGCUUUGUCUGGUGACAGAAACCUUUCUGCUUUAGAAAAUGUCAGCUCAUUCUUAACCAAGGAUACACAGGCGAUUCAAACAGAGACUGAAAGGCUUGAAAAACAGUUUCUGGAACUUAUGGAAGAAGAAAAAGAACUAGACUCAGAACUUGAAAUCAUGCAAAGAAGAAAUUAAGAACUUUGAUUUCUGAUCAUAUUAAGUGAGUCAUGUGUAUUUGCUUAGGAAUGACUCCAAAGGAUUAAUAAAAACAUGUCUACUGAAUAUUUGAAAUUGAUUAAUUUUAGUUGGUAAACUUUUUUCUCUUUAGUGUUUCAUGUGGAAAUGAUAAAAGAAUUUUUGACAAGAGAGGAAUUUUUGUCAAGAGAGAUUAAAUAUUACUAGUUGGGAAAACAAUGUAAUGAAAUGUCACUGAUAUAAUGUAAUAAAAAGAAGCAUUAGAAUAA